AAGUGUAUACAGGAAAAUCAAAAGAAAGGGUUGCGAUCUGAUUCUGAGGUCGUGUUCUUGAUUAUAACACCCGUUUGAUGGCCGUAAGGCCUUCUCUGCACUUCAUCGCCUCCUCAAUCAACAUCGCCAAAUUCCCCCUUUCUUCCAUUUCACCAUCGUCAACGACACUACUCCUCCGUCACAUCGCAUCCGCGGCUCCACCUCAACAACACCACCGAAAGCAAAAGCACAAACACAAGUAUCCUCAUCAAAACCCCCUCCGUCAGCUGCCUACGUCACUUCCACUUCCACCUCUACCUCCAUCUCGAUCUUACAGCCUCCGGCCGAAGGUUUCUCUGCAGGAAACCCUGGCGCAAAAGAUCGGAAAAGCUAUCCGCCGUCCCGGCGCCCCCUCCAAGGCUAGGGUUUAUACCGAUGUUAAUGUUAUCCGGCCUAAGGAGUAUUGGGACUAUGAGUCGUUGACCGUUCAGUGGGGGGAACAGGACAAUUAUGAGGUGGUGAGGAAGGUUGGGAGGGGGAAAUACAGUGAGGUUUUUGAGGGAUUUCAUUGUACUAAUGACGAGAAGUGUAUUAUCAAAAUACUCAAACCUGUUAAGAAGAAGAAGAUCAAGAGGGAGAUCAAAAUCCUACAAAACCUUUGUGGUGGGCCAAAUAUUGUGAAAUUGCUGGAUAUUGUUAGAGAUCAGCAAUCAAAGACACCUAGUCUAAUAUUUGAAUAUGUGAACAACACUGAUUUCAAAGCACUCUAUCCAACACUUUCUGAUGUUGAUAUUCGCUAUUAUAUAUAUGAACUUUUGAAGGCAUUAGAUUACUGCCACUCUCAAGGAAUCAUGCAUCGAGACGUGAAGCCCCACAAUGUGAUGAUUGAUCAUGAAAAACGCAAGCUUCGUCUCAUUGAUUGGGGCCUUGCUGAGUUUUAUCAUCCAGGAAAAGAAUACAACGUUCGUGUAGCAUCUAGAUAUUUCAAAGGUCCUGAACUCCUAGUCGAUUUGCAAGAUUAUGAUUACUCAUUAGACUUAUGGAGCCUCGGCUGCAUGUUCGCUGGAAUGAUUUUCCGCAAGGAACCAUUCUUCUAUGGGCACGACAAUUAUGAUCAACUCGUGAAAAUUGCCAAGGUGUUGGGGACAGAUGAAUUAAAUACUUAUCUACAGAGGUAUCGCUUAGAGCUAGAUCCACAUCUUACUGCCCUUGUUGGAAGGCAUAGUAGGAAACCAUGGACAAAGUUCAUUAAUUCUGAUAACCAACAUUUAGCUCUUCCCGAGGCGGUUGACUUCCUUGACAAGUUGCUUCGGUAUGAUCAUCAAGAAAGGCCGACUGCUAAAGAAGCAAUGGCACAUCCGUAUUUCUACCCAAUAAGGAAUGCAGAAACCAGUAGGACACGUGCAUAGUGUGGAAGAAUGAAAACUAAGCAAUUGGGAUAAUAUCGUUUGUGUGUGUUUGCAUAAGUGUAUUUUUUAAGUUCGGUUUUACUUUGAAUCUAGUAUGUGAAAACCGUACACUUGUUGUAGGGGGCAUUUCAGUCUAGGUUCGACACAUUUUCUUAUAGUUCUUUGAUCGUUGUACGAUAACUGACAUUAGUAAAAUAAAAAAAAAGUAAUUUUGUAAGUCA